CCGCCGCACGCUGCUUAGUCUUUUGUUGUUAUGGUGGUGUGAAUUGCAGUGAGCGGAGUGAAACGUAAAAUAUUUAAAUAUGGCCCGCACCAAGGCUACCAUUCGUACCCGGAAAUUCAUGACCAACCGCCUGCUGUGCAGGAAACAAAUGGUUGUGGACGUGCUCCACCCUGGACGCCGUGUUGUUGCCAAGACGGAGAUCCGUGACAAACUUGCCAGAAUGUACAAGGCAUCAAAGGACACAGUUUUCCCAUUUGGGUUCCACACUAAAUUCGGUGGUGGCAGAACUACAGGUUUUGCUGUAAUUUACGAUUCAUUGGGAUAUGCCAAGAGAUUUGAACCCAAAUACCGCCUUGUCCGAGCCGGGUUAAUUGAGGUCAAGAAAGUGGCCCGCAAGCAGCGCAAGGAACGCAAGAACAGGAUGAAGAAGGCCAGAGGUACUGCCAAGGCCAAGCUCGCCUCUGCCACCAAGAAGUAAGCGGCGCCUCGGCUGCAGUAAAGGAAAAAAAAAUACGUUUCUCAUUUAUCCUUAUGACAUUAUCCUGAGAUUUAUAACGCUACUAGGAAUCAUUUUUCAGUUGAAAUUUCGAAAUUUUAGAGGAAUUGAUAAUUUUGUACCAAAUUACACAUACUGAAUGUUG